AUGGCGCAGUUUGUUGUUUCACCCUUCAUAGGAAUUGCUAUCCAACAGUUUGCAAUUUCUGUUACGCAGAAUUUUAGCGAAGACAUCGCUGCGACAGAAAAGGAAGUGAUUGCGUUUCAAAAUGAUUUAGCUUUGAAGUCAUUAGUCUCAAAUAUAAAAUGUAUGUGGCCUCCAGUAAAAUUAAUAGGUUAUGUUAACAAAACUAUUUCUACAGUAAUCGAUAACCAAAAAUCAAUAUCCGACAAAAUUGAACAGUUAAGAAUAGCGCCUAAUGGAACAUCAUUCGCUCUAUCACAUUACAUAAAAGUUCAUGAAAUUUUGAGCCAAAAGAAAAAGGACACCGAAAUUUACAUACAAAAUGAAAAAGGAGUUAUACCUGGACAUCCGAUCGCCUUAGAAGGAAUUAAAGGUGUUAUUAUAACAAGACUUCUAGUCAAGAGGCCUGCUCUAGAAAAAGUAUCCCUAGACAAGCUACACCAAAUCCAAGUUCAAGACUCCGACGAAGAAAGGCGCGGAUCCAGGAUCACGUCUUGGGGGGCAAGCAGUAUGGGUUACCUACUUUCAGGGGGUGUUGUUAAGUCGUUUGUGCUUAUUAUAAAGUAUUUAAGAAGGGAAAACAGCAGUGCGAGAACAUUUCCUUUUUUUUUCUGCAAGUCUGAGGCCUUGGGGAUGGGCAAUGGCACCGUUGCUCCUCCCUGGAUCCGCGCCAGCCUCACCAAAAAUCAAACUAUGAUAAAAAGGUGUGUAUAUCUCUGGGACCUUGUCUGUGAGAAAUAUAAGAUCAUUAUAUUUCUUUUUUCCUAA